AUGGUUUUAUAUAAUCAUAAAUUGAAAAAUACCACCCAUCUAAGAGAUAACAGCGACCGACUUAUCAUGUGUAUACCCGGGUGUGGUGGUACACGAAAAUCACAACUUAUUCGUGCUGUGACUGAUUAUUUUCGUGUUACAAACAGAAUACAAAAGAUACGAAAGCUAGCAGCUGCUGAAAUUGGUGGCAUGGCUAUCCAUUCAUUUCUAGGCGAACAAUUGAUUGAUGAAAUGAGUACGGUUGGUUUGACUUUACUCGGAAAACUCAAUACAUGCCGAUCCGCGAAUUCCAUUCGGUGGUAUAAACGUGAUAUUCUUUGGUGA